AUGGAGCAGAAUCGCCUUGGGCGGGCCCCUCCCAGAAUGGCCGGAAUGAGGGAAAAGAGGAAUUCCAACCUUUACUGCGCCAAUCACCGGGACAUUGGGCACGAAAUCGAAGAUUACAAUGACCUGAAGAGAGAUAUUGAAGAACUGAUUAAGCGAGGGUACCUGAAGCAAUUUGUCCGCAGAGACGAAUGCAAUACGAGUUAUGGGCCAAACAUAGCCGGGGUCAUAAACACUAUUGUUGGAGGUCCGACAGGAGGAGAUAGCCAAAACUCCCGAAAGAGGACCUAUAGGCAAGUCAAUUCAGAUCAGGCCGAGGCGAGCUCCCGCGUAACUGAAACAAUCACCUAUGGCCCAAGUGAUCCUGUUCCGACUACUUCCAGCAGUCAUGAAGGCUUGGUGAUUGAAUUGCUCACCAAUAAUUACCUAGUAAAGAAUGUGUACGUUGACCCCUGA